UUAUUAGUUAUACAAUCAGCAACAUGUUAUUCUGGUUUAAAAUAAAAAUCUACUCAAGAAUGCGCAGAAUCGUGGAACGGAACGCUUUGUAGUUCCAAAUACGGCCGCCGGGCGCAGCACUGUCGGCUUGGGUUGUUGUUUCCUAUCCGCCAUUUUCCAGUCGCCAUUGAAAGGUGAAAACUUCGCUAAAUGUCGGUGAUGAUUUUAAGAUUUUGAGUGGUUUCUUUAAGAUUGUACCUGUUUUUAGUGUUGUGAAAUGAAAAUGAAGUGCCCCGGACUACCAUGACGCAUCAAAAUCACCAAACAAACGGUGCAAGUCUUGAGGAUUGCCACACAAACUUCUUCUCCUUGACGGAGUUGUAUGGCAUAAAAUGGCGUAAGCUAGUUUGGGGCGAGACCACCGGCGGCGGCGGCGAGGGGGAGGAGGGCGCCGCGCCGCUCGCCGACCCGGUGAUCAGCAGCUAUGCCCGCUGCCUCGCCGGCGAUAUCCUGUGCGUCUGGAGGCGCGUACCCGCUCCCCAGCCGCAGGAUAUCUAUGAGAUGAGCGCGCCGCCCGCGCCGCCGCCGCCGCUCUCGCUCCGCGCCGCCAAGGAGCUAUGGAUCUUUUGGUAUGGAGAAGAACCGGACCUGAAUGGCUUGGUUGCGCCGGAACUGAUUGCUGGACAAGGCGACCAAGGAUCGUGGGAGAGUGGACUAUCCUACGAGUGCCGCUCUUUGCUCUUCAAGGCCCUCCAUAACCUAAUCGAAAGAUGUCUUCUAUCCCGAGACUUCGUGAGGCUGGGCAAGUGGUUCGUACAACCGUACGACGGAGACGAAGAGGAUGUUGGGAAAAGCCCCUGGCACCUCUCGUUCUCCUUCGCGUUCUUCCUCCACGGCGAGAGCACGGUGUGCGCGUCCGUGGACGUGCGGCAACACCCUCCCGUGCGCACGCUCACCGCCAAGCGGCUCGCCAAGCUGAACGGUCGGGAAAGGAGCGCUGAUGCCGAUAACAAGGUGAUCCUGGCGCCCUUCGGCCUGGAAGGCACAGUCACCGGGCGCGACUGGAGCGACUCCGACGCGCCGACCGCGCGACUACUGGACGCGUGGCGGCAACUCUACCCUUUGGAGCAAGGCUGCGGUGCCGUUGAGGUGGUAUGCGGCGGCGUGCGCAUGCGCUACCCGCUGCCGUACGUGCUGGUGACGGGCAUGGAGCCGCCGCCCGCGCCGCCGCCCUCGGCCGCGCCGCUCGCCGCCACGGCCGCCGCCGCGCUCACCACGCCCCGCCCGCACCUGCCGGCGGAGGUGUGCUACGCCGACUCCGGCGACAAAGGCGAAGACUUCGUCGAUCCCACCCGAAAAACCUCCUGUACCUGCGCCAAAGGCGGCGGGCUGUGCGGCGGCGCGGCGGCGUCGCCCGGCUCGUGCGGCGGCGGCUCCCCCGCGGCCGCCGGCUCGGCGCCGCCCUCGGCCGGCGCGCCGCACUCGCCGCACCCGCACCCGCACGCGCAGGCCCAGCAGACUUCGCUGCCGCACCAGAGCGCGCUGCCGCCGACGACGCUGCACACGCCGGCGCCGACGCCGGAGACGCACGCGCCGCCCACCCCCGCGCCGCCCUCCGCGCCGCCGCCCACCAAGCUCUACCCGCAGGGUGACUCCCCUCGCGACGCGUCCCUCGCCGCCAACGCGUCGCCGGUGCCGCCGGAGCUGCUGAAGCGGCCCGUGCUGCCGCGCGGCGAGGCGCGCGUGGACCCGCUGGAGGACGAGCACUCGCUGCAUAUGCUCUACGACUACACCACCGUGCACGCCUGGCUGGAGCACCCAGUGAAGCGCUUCAAGAGCGACGAGAACACGUUCCGAGAAGAACUGGCGCUCGGCCACACCGGCGGCGACCUGUACGCCGGCCACGACCACACGCGCAUGGCCGUCAUGCCCGACCACGCGGACGUCAAGCACGACCACGACGACGCAGCGUAUAAGAACCUGUACACGUCUGACGGCCUCUGCCCCACGCUGAAAGACCUCGACCAGAUCUUCGAGAACUCGGACGACGCGGCCAGCGGGGAUGAGACGGUAAGACUUCUUCAAGUACAAACGCCGCCGGACUCGAACAAGUCGUUCGAAGAGACCCGCGGGCGCAUGGUGCGGGCCGAGGAGCUCAGCAAGAUGUUCCCCACGCCGCCCUCGCUGGAGCCGCACGCCGCGCCGUCGCCGGGGUUCACCCUGGAGUUGGAGCCGCUGCGGCAUGCGCACUCGCACGCGCACCCGCACCUCACGCCUCACGCCACGCCUCCUCACGAGCCUAUUGAGGACUGGUCGUAUGUGUUCAAACCGCCCACCGUGUACAAGUGCGUCGGAUCCUCCAAAUACGCGCCUCUCCUCUCCCUGCCGUCCUCGUCGCUCCCGCCCGUCACGUUGCCGCCGCACGCCGUGUACCGGCCGCGGUGGCAGCAGAGCGAGGAGGAGCCGCAGCCACAGACAGGCACGAAGCGGCCGCUGUCCGCGCCGGCGUCGCCGCGCAAGCCGGCCGCCUCGCCCGCCGCGCGCGCCGCGCCCGCCGCCUCGCCCGCCGCGCCCGCCUCGCCCGCCGCGCCCGCCUCGCCCGCCGCGCCGCGCGCCGCCUGCCGCGCCUGCCCGCUGCUGCUCAACGUGCUGCUCGCCGACACCGUGCUCAACGUCUUCCGCGACCACAACUUCGACAGCUGCACGCUCUGCGUCUGCAACGCGGGGCCCAAGGUUGUCGGCAACAUCCGAGGGGCGGACGCGUCCACGUACCUGCCGGAGACGGCGGAGGCGGCCGACGAGGACCCCGGGCGCUGCACGUGCGGCUUCAGCGCCGUCGUCAACCGGCGGCUCGCGCACAAGGCCGGCCUCUUUUACGAGGACGAGAUGGAGAUCACGGGCAUAGCGGAAAUCCCAGCGCGGAGCAGUACGCGGAGCUUAGGGCCCGUGGCGGGCGCCGUGCUCGGCAUGUGCGCGGCGCUGGGCGGCGGCGGCGCGUCCGCGCUCACCCGGGCGGCGCGCCACGCGGCCCGGGAGCGCCACGACCAGAACGACAUCAACCUGCUCGAAUACUCGGACGGCGGCGCGGCGUGCGCGCGCGCGCUGCGGGCGGCGGGCGCGGCGGGCGCGGCGGGCGGCGCCGUGCACCGCUGGCCCUUCCUCGGCGCCCGCGCGCCGCGCUGCUCCCGGGACGUCAUCAGAUUGAUGCGCCGCCUCCGCCCGCUCCUCCAGGACGCGAUCCAGAAGCGCUGCUGCGGCGCGCGCAUGUGGGACGGCGUGGCCGGCCCGCUCACCUGGAGGCAGUUCCACCGCCUGGCCGGCCGCUCCAACGAGGACCUGUGCGAGCCGCAGCCCGUGCCCCCGCUGCUCGUCGGCCACGACCGCGACUGGAUCUCGCUGUCGCCCUACGCGCUCAGGCACUGGGAGCGCUUGUCCCUCGAACCCUACUCCUACUCCCGAGACGUCGCCUAUGUGGUCCUAGCGGCCGACGGCGAGGUCUUAACCGACCCUAUCAAAACAUUCUUCAGAGAGCUAUCGACGGCUUACGAAUCGUGUCGCUUAGGGCGACAUCAACCUAUCAACCGAAUAGCGCGCGAUGGCUUAAUAAGAACGUCCCCGAGCGACCGCGACCAAACGGCAGAAGAAUGGACGGGAGAAUUACCUGCAGGCCGACUCGGGGAAUACAUAAAAUCAUACGCGGAAACGUUAAGAACGAGUAUAGUACCUCAACUGGCGAGUUUGAGUAUUGAUAGGUCGUUAUUAGAAACGGAGACUAAAUCGACGCAUAUAGAGCGGCCGUCGCCGUCGCCGAUGAGGCCGCCUUCGACGCCGGACCACCCGCCGACGCCGAGCAGUCAGAGUGACCAGGAGAAUGAGACGCCGAAUAUGUCGUCCAGUGCUAAUAACAGUACAGUGCAUAAUUCCUGGGAAGAGGAAGAAGGUGGUGCCCCGGCGUUAGUAGUGUACGUGGUAGAACCUCCAGCUUCGCACGCGCACCGCGCGCACGCGCUGCACGCGCUGCUGCGGCUGGCGGCGCGCACGCACCACCACCUGCGGCACCACAACCCGCUCGUCAAGAUAAUUUCGCUAGAGGGCGUCUGCGAAACGGCCGGCCUCGGCGCAGGCACGCGUUCGGAGCUGCGGUCGCUGGCGUUCAGCGUGUUCACCGGCGCGCGCCGGCUGCUGCAGCCCGCGCCCGCCGGCAAGUCGCUCACCGGCUUCGGCACCGCGGCGCAGGCGCGCGUGCUGAUCGAGGCCAUGCAGGAAAAGGACCGAGCACCCUACAAGCUAUUCUCCCCCGCGUGGGUCCUCGCGCCGCCCCGCGCCCUCAAGGAAGUCGCGGAAACCUGGGGCCACUCGUGCGGCGAACAGGGCUCCGUGUUGUUCCUGUCGUACUGCCUGUCGCACGACCAGCGCUGGCUGCUCGCCGCCGCCACCGACGCGCGCGGCGAGCUGCUCGACACGCACGCCGUCAACAUACAUGUACCGCACAGAUCGCGGCGGAGACGAGCGCUGGGCGCGCGGCGCUGCGGGCUGACCAAGCUGAUGGACUGGGCGCUGGGCGUCAUGUCGCAGGCGGCGCAGCCCUGGCGGCUCGUGGUGGGCCGGCUCGGCCGCAUCGGGCACGGCGAGCUCAAGGGCUGGAGCUGGCUCCUCUCCCGCAAAAACCUCGCCCGCGCCUCCAACCAACUGAAGGACAUCUGCAACCCGUGCUCCGUGCUGUACCCCUCGGGCGCGCCCUGCAUCCUGUCCGCCUGCCUCGUGUCCACGGAGCCCGACUCGUGCCUGCGGCUGAUGGCGGACCGGUUUACCCCCGACGAGCGGUUCAGCCAGGCCUCCAUACAGUCGCACCUGCACACGCCGCGGGACGUCACCGCCACGCAUAUACUCGUGUUCCCCACGUCCGCCACUGCCACGCAGUCGGCGCAAGGGCAAUUCGAGCAAAGCGCUAUGGCCAAUGGCGAGACCGACGACAUGAUGUUCCUCGGCGUCGACAUGAACGACAUGAACGACGACGAGAUCAGCGACAGCAACAUGACGGACCUGCUCAUCGGCGACAUGUUCAACAACAUGUGGCCGCAAGGAAGCCCCAGGAAUGACGGAGGCAGAGAAGAGGACGCGGCCGCUGACGAGGACGAGCCGCAGCGUAAUGUGCCGCAGGCGAGCUACGCCGGGGAUGACCACAGCCAGGAGCAAGUGGGCACCGUGCUGCAGCAGCCGCUGGCGCUGGGCUACAUGGUGUCCACGGCGCCGCUGGACGCCAUGCCGGCGUGGUGGUGGGCGGGCUGCACGCACCUGCGCGACGCCUGCCCCGCCUUCCUCAAGAACGCGCUGCACCUGCACACCGGCUCCGUGCAGGCCGCCGACGACUUCACCAGCCUCACGCAGCGCAGCUCGCACGUGCACCCGCUCGACAGCCAGGUCACCACGGACGUGCUCAGGUACGUGCUAGAAGGCUACAACGCGCUCUCGUGGCUGGCGCUGGACGGCGAGACGCACGACCGGCGCUCGUGCCUGCCGCUGCACGUGCAGGUCCUCAUGCAGCUCUACCACACCGCCGCCGCGCUCGGUUAACGAACACAUUCGGCCAUCUUGCGACUCGGCUCACACUCGGCCCUCCUGACAACGGCACGUCCUCGGCUCACACUCGGCCCUCCUGACAACGGCACGUCCUCGGCUCACACUCGGCCCUCCUGACAACGGCACGUCCUCGGCUCACACUCGGCCCUCC